AAAUCAGGGACAAAGUUAUCUCUUAUUCAGACAUGUCUUCGCCAACAAAGCCGCCAAUGGAGGCCAAGAAAGAGGACUCAAAAGCAGAGGAUAAUAAAAAUCAAAUGCAGGGAAACAAAAAUAAUCCAGAACAGCAGGGAAAACCACAAGACAACCGUGGAGGAAACCAACGCGGUGGUCGUGGAGGAUAUCGCGGCGGUGGUAGGGGUGGUGGCCCAGGCGACAGGAAUCAAAGAGGUGGUAGAGGGGGUGGUGGAAAUAGAGGCCGCGGGGGAAUGAAUCGUGGUGGUAGUGGGGGAGGAGGUGGUGAUAGACGAGGAAAUCAGGGUCAGUUUGAAUUUGGCCAAGGUGGUUUUAAGCAAAAUGAACCACAAAUGAAUGUCAUGGCUCAAGAUACUGGCCCCAAAGAGCCCAAAAAGUUCACAGGCAGAUGUCGAUUGUUUGUUGGCAAUGUUACAUCAGAGACAUCUGAGGAAGAGUUCAAAGAGCUGUUUUCCAAAUAUGGUGAAACUGGAGAGAUGUUUUUGAAUGGGGCCAAAGGUUUUGGAUUUAUACGUUUGGACUACAGACAUAAUGCAGAGGCAGCAAAGGCAGCAUUAGAUGGAAGUCAGCAUAAGGGAAGAACACUAAGAGUAAGAUUCUCUAACCAGGGUUCAGCCAUCAAAGUCAAGAAUCUCUCUCCAUUUGUUUCUAAUGAGCUUCUUGAGAUGGCCAUGCAGCAGUUUGGGGAAAUAGAACGAGCAGUAGUUGUAGUUGAUGACAGAGGAAGGUCUACUGGUGAGGGAAUCGUAGAAUUUGCAAGGAAGCCAGGUGCUCAGCAGGCUUUGAAACGCAUAAAUGAUGGAGUGUUCCUAUUGACCUCGUCCCCACGACCCAUUUCUGCUGAAAACUUGGAGGCCAAAGAUGAGGAAGAUGGACUCUCUGAGAGAUUCAUGCCAAAAAAUCAACAGUACCAAGCAGAAAGAGAGAAGGAACCCAGAUUUGCACCCCCAGGAUCAUUUGAAUACAGAUUUGGUCUAAAGUACAGAGAGAUUGAUGAGAUGGAAAAACAACAGAUAGAGAGAGUAAAGCAGGAAAUGGACCAACAGAGACUGAAAUUGGAGAAUGAAAUGGAAGGAGCCAUGUUUGACUUCCAGGCCGAGCAAAUUAGAGCAGAUUUACUGAGACAGCAGGAAGAACUUCGUCGCUUAGAGGAAAUGAAAACGGAGAAAAUGAGGCGCAGACAGGAAUUUGACUACAGGUUUGAAGAAGAGCAGAGGCUGAUGAUGGAUGAUGACAGACAACAGAUGAUAAGAGGAGGGCGACCAGGCAUGGACCAGCCUGGUGGAAGCAUGCUGAGAGGUGAAAGCCAAAGAGCGGGAGGAGGCACACCUCUCCCUCCCCCUCCUGCUCCCCCGGCAGGGAUGGGUUUUGACACAGCUGACCAGAUGCCAAGCGGUUCCUUUGGCAAAAAGGGAAGUGAUAAGGGAGACAACAAAAUGAAUCGUUUUGAUUCUAAUGCUGGUAGUUUUGGAGGUAGCUCAUCCAAUUUCGGAGGUCACCCUGGUGGCAAUGCGUCUAACCAAGGUGGUAUGUUUGGUAAUAACCGAAAUAUGGGUGGGAUGGGGAAUCGAAAUGAUAGGAGAAGAGAUAUGGGGAAUGUAGGCGGUCCCAGAGAUGACUAUGGAGAUAUGAAGAGAAUGAGGAGAUUUUAAGCUAGUGUUUAUUCGCAUCAUGAAAACGCAUGGAAAAUAUAGUGAUUUGACUUAUGAUCUGAUUUUAUCCAUGGAUUGUUGUAAAGUGCUGGAUUUACAGAUAUUUUAGCACUAUACUUCGGAGAAUUUAAAGUUCAUAACUCUGAAGAAGAAAUCUGUUAUUGCUUAUUUUCUAAAAUAAAAAAAAAAUAUUUUAUCCUGUAGAUAGCUAUUUUUAUAUGGAAGAGGAAUACUUUUAGCCAUUUCUAAGCCAUAGAAAAUAGAACUACAUAUUACUUUGCUUUUGACUUGAAAGCAAACUUUAACAUAGUACAUGUUGUGUAUUAAAUGAAAGCAAAAAAUCGUGUCAUGUAUUUCUUGAUAAUUGAUGUCAUUAUUUGUAAUUCAUUGUAUCAUACACUAAUAAAGAUUUGAGUCUAUAUAA